GUGUAAUUAUACCUUGUAUUUUGUUAUUUUCUUUACAUACCCUCCUACUUCCUGCUUUUUCCUGCACGGAUUUCUGUUACUUCCCUAUCCCGAUUACCAUUCCUUAAUAUAUCCUGACGCUCAUCCAGCAGCAGGAGCCGGAUAUCCGCCACGACCGGAAAAAUCCCAUAUUUGGGCAUUCUUAGCUGGAGCAAUGGCAGCUUACAUUGUAUGCGAACGGCUAGCUUGACGCUGAUUGUGUAGCGUAAAUUAUCGAUUUUUAGACAUUUCCAACCCAUUAUCGAGACGGAUGAGUAGCGGAUUGGAACGUAUAUAUUUUUGAAAAUGUCAAAAACCCAGUACUAGCGACCGCUCCGUCAAACCACCACCAAACCGAAACCACUUAGCACGGCGUUAGCAUCCUCGACACCGUUCGCGUAUUCUGUCGCUACUCGCCCCGACUCUCACCCGGUAUCUGCCGCUCUUCAUGCCCGAGCAAGGCCCGAGGAUGAACAGCUUCUCCCUCGGCGAAUUGUGUUGGCUCUUCUGCUGCCCGCCGUGUCCGAGUCGCAUCGCGGCUAAGCUGGCGUUCCUGCCGCCAGAGCCCACCUACUCCGUUCACACAGACGCGAGCGGCGCGACGAGCCUGCAUCUCACCGAGCGCGCCGACUGGCAAUACUCCCAACGCGAGCUGGACGCCGUCGAGGUGCUGGUGACCCGCACCAGCCGCGGGAACCGGGUCGGCUGCAUGUUCGUCCGCUGCGCGCCCGCUAGCCGCUACACGCUGCUGUUCUCCCACGGGAACGCCGUGGAUCUGGGCCAGAUGUGUAGCUUCUACAUCGGCCUCGGCUCCAGGAUCAACUGCAACGUUUUCUCCUACGAUUACUCGGGUUACGGGGUCAGUACCGGGAAACCGUCCGAGAAGAACCUAUACGCUGAUAUCGAAGCGGCCUGGCAGGUGCUGAGGAACAAGUAUGGAGUGACUCCGGAAAACAUCAUCCUGUACGGUCAGAGCAUAGGGACGGUGCCGACGGUGGACCUGGCGUCCCGGUAUGAGUGCGCAGCAGUGAUCCUCCACUCUCCCCUCAUGUCCGGCUUGCGUGUGGCCUUUCCUGACACCCGCAAAACCUACUGCUUCGAUGCCUUCCCGAGCAUCGACAAGGUGUCAAAGGUGGCGUCUCCAGUGCUGGUCAUCCACGGCACAGAAGACGAAGUGAUCGAUUUCUCCCACGGUUUGGCCAUCUACGAGCGAUGUCCACGUGCCGUGGAGCCCCUGUGGGUGGAGGGCGCCGGGCACAACGACAUCGAGCUUUACGCUCAGUACCUCGAGAGACUCAAACAGUUCAUCACGUUUGAGCUGGCUACCUCCUGAAGACGCGGCGCAGCGCGGCAGGCCGAGGCGCACGCACACUCACGCGUGUCGUGUAGGGUUCCCCUUUACCCAGGGCUGAGGACGCCAUCAGUACUUGCACUUGCUGACGAAUAAAGCUGAAGUCUCUCUCUUGAUAUUUAGGAGCGGGACGUUUUCAUCCCUACGGGGGAAAUGCGUUUUGAUGAUUUUGAACCACUUACUAUUCUUUUAUACUUGAUAAAUAAACGUUGACAUUUUGCACCGCAUUCAAUACGUUGCAUUUGACGAUUUGUUUUUUCCUCUUGUUUUUCUGCUGUUUUUUUUUUUAAAUGCUCCUCAAGGGUUAAUUAAACUGCACUUUUAUUGUGCAGGUGUUUUCAGGUUAUUAUAUUUUUGUUUUUGGCGGGAAUUGUUAUAGCAUUCCGUUUUAUGUUUCAAGUUGAUUAGUACAAGAUCAACCAUUGACUGACUUUUUACAUGGCCAGUUUGUGUGUGUGUGUUUAGACUCGUUCAUACGCACAUGCGUUUUCAGUAGUGACCUUUCAGUCGAGAUAAUUGUAACUUGGGAUAAUUAAAACUGGAAGACCUGUGGAAGUGACUUGACCCGUAAAUAAUGAAGACGUACUGUCUGUGAUUUUUGAAUCCAGUGGGAAAGAGGAAUCGUGUUGUCUUUUCAGCGGUGAAACAUGGUGCUUUGUCGCAACACAGCAUUCAGGGCAUUGUUUCGGCGUAAACACUACAUCGUUCUAAUCGUGGGUUGUAUUAAAAAUGUGAAACUUCAAGCUUUCUCUGUUGCUUUUAGCAUUGACCUUACAAUAAGCCUUAUGUUUUCAGACAUUUCGCUCCGACAUUCCUGUCAAUGAUUUCUCAGAAAGGGGAUUUUGAAGAUUUUCUCUGGGCUCCCGCUCGCUGCUACUCUAAAGGGAAAAUCACUGUGAAAACGGAACCUUCGCUAGAUAUAAAUAAGGUACCGCACCUUCUCACCGCUUCGAAGUUCAUCCUCUCUUCCAGACAACGGACAAAUCACAAAACCCAGGAAAAUGUAUUGUUCACUCAAUGUUUUCCCCCAUAUGGCGAAUGAAGGACUGUGUUUGUAGACACUUCACCAUAGCACUACACAACAGGAUGAUCGGAAGUGUUUUCCACGCUAACGAAGGACGUCGAUUGCUACCAAACCGGUGCGAUCGUCUGAUUGUAUGUUUUUAACGCAUAGCAGAAGUUGUUGUCGGUUAACUUGACUUGUUGUAUUGCUGUAAGGUUAUGCAGUGGCGGUUCAUGUAUCAUGUUGUUCGGAGAUGAAGCUCUUUGACCUCAGUGGACUUGAGACUCUUUUUAAAGAAUGGCAGAAACUGACCACAUCUGAGCCUGUCAUUGCUUUUGAUACUGACAUUUAUACAAUGUUUUUUCAGUAAUUAUUAAUAUUUACACCACUUUUAAUGCUGGUUUGUAAGAUAACCGUACUGUACACUCUCCUCUCUCUCUCUCUCUUUCUAUAUAUAUAUAUAUAUAUAGGUAUGUAAAAUAUGAAGUAAAUGGUAUUUAGCUUUGAUUUUUAUUGACACUGGAAUCACAGUAUGCAAAUAUAAUGCAGAGAAAACCCUAGUUGGUACAGACACGUUUGUGUAGAUUUCUUUUUUCUUUUCUUUUUUAAAUAUCUUUAAAGCCUUAAAUGUGCCGCGAGACAGAUUAUUGUUCUUUCUGUUGGUUGUUGCUUCAGUGCAACACAGUGGUUAUUGUACUGCAUAUAAAGGAAUAAAGGAUGCAUGGAAA